AGUCAUAAUCAGAAAUUCGUAUUAGAAGCACUUUCAAAAGGAGCCAAAGUGAAAUUAUAAAUCCCUGAAAGAAAUUGCUGGAAGAAAAAAAGAAAUUUUUAAAAGAAGUGAAAAAUAUGAGAGAAAAAGAACUGAAAUAACGGGAUUCAACAAGUUAUUUAAAAAAGAACUUUCAAAAAAAAGUAAACAAAAAAUAUUGAGAAUUUUCUGGAAUCGUUGAAAAAAUUAUCAGCAAGUUAUCAUUGGAACAGUCUUUAAAAAUUUGAGGAAAAUGAAAAAUUUUCCAAUUCUUCUGCUUUUUGUUUUCUUCGUUACUGCCACCAAAUGCCUUGAAGAUUUCGGAACUGGAGUUGAAGGAAUUGACUCAUCGGAAGAAAGCAACCGUGAACCAUUAAACUUGGAUUAUGUCGAAGGCGAAUUUCCUGUAACAACAAACAGAAGACCUGUUGCUCCAAACCCAGUUCCAAGUGGUUUCGGUGACGAUCUUUUUAGUCAUCACUUUGAUGGAUUCUUUGGUGGCAAUAUUUUCAAUCCAUUCGAAAACUAUGGUGGCAUUGGAUUCGGUCCUUUCAAUAACUACAAGCCUUGGUUCAAAGGACCAAAUGUUUGCACAACUCAUGAAGAACAUGUAGAGGACGAUGUGAAACCAAAUGAUAAGAAUGUUUCUAGUGCCGAAGCCUCGUUUAUUCAUCAUUUCAGUCUCAAUGUCGAGACUUGUCAGGAGACCAGCAACAAGCAUAUUUGCAAACGUGUAACAGACCAAGGUGGGAAUAAAAAAACUGUUGCAAUAACUUCAAGCUGUUGUCAUGGCUUUAAGAGAGGUCGAAAUGGAUUUUGUGAGAAAUUUGAGCUUCUUUCGAUGGAUCAAAUUGGGAAUAAGUUAAAUGUUAAAGCUUUUGUGAAAGCAGCUGAGAAGAAUGAACUUAAGGAAAUGACAGAAGCUAAUGUGACUGUCUUUAUGCCACCUGAUGAUGUCUUCAUGGAAGUCGCUCAAGAAGUUUCUGACAAUAAUUUAGAAUCGAAAUCAGCUCAAAGAAAUCGUCGUGAACAUAACGAUAUUUCAAUGAAAGAUCUUUUAUUAAAUCACAUUGUCAAAAGUUUAGUGGACAUUGAAGACAUUGACAAUGAACAAAUCCUGCACUCUGAAUACGAUAAUUUGACAAUUAGAAUGAAUGUUUUCCCAAAAAUUCGCAAUAAUCGACGUGAUCAAGAUGAUGAUUUCCGGUACUUAUACACAGUAAAUUGUGUUCCAAUUAUCAAAGCAAACACAUUCGCUGAGAAUGGGAUUGUUCAUAAGAUUCAGAAAGUUCUCAUGCCGGUUGAACAAAACAUCAUGGAAAUUAUCAGGAAUCAUAUUCUGAAAAAUCAUGUAAUGGAUCUGACAUUCUGCUCUUCUGCGGUUAUAGAUGACGACGCUAAAGUGUCAGCUUACAACAUAUUGGGCGAAAAAAUGAUUUUCGAAAGAUCAAAUGACAUCGAAGAUGAAAAGACCACAAAUGAUGUUCGAUCAAAACAAACAGAAGCUUCAAUUAUGAUUAAUGAAAAAGCUAAAAUAAUGGAACAAGACAUAAUGGGAACAAAUGGUGUUGUGCAUAUUAUUGACACCGUCUUAGAGACACAAAGCGGCCUUCCAAUCUCAACAAUGUUAACUGCUCAUAACUUGACCAUUUUUAAAACACUUAUAGAUUACGGAAGUUUCAGUAAUGACUUUGACAACUUGAAUAACGCGACAUAUUUUGCACCAACCGAUGAAGCUUUUGAAACAUCAAUUAUUGGAAGAUAUUGGAUGAAGCAAUUAGAAGAAUCACCACAAAAACUUAAGAACAAUGAAAAAUUGAAAGCUUUCUUAGAUUAUCAUGUUGUACAACCAUUAACAAAAUCAUGUGAUUUAUCUCAAGAAAUGCUUCCAACACUUAAUGACGGUGAACCAUUACGUGUUAAUCUUUAUUCAACAAUGCCAAGCUUUUCAAAUAUCAUCAAUCGAGCAACUGUAAAUUGUGCUCGCUUAAUUCACUUCGAUCAAGAUUCUUGUGGCUCUGUAUUGCACGAGGUAGACAAGGUGUUGACACCUCCAACUGGAAACUUAUUCGAAAUGCUUGAAAAUAAUACCCAAUACAGUAGUUUCUUAGGGUUGGUGAAAAAAGCGAAUCUCAGUUCACUGCUGGAAGAAUCGUCUGAUGACGGCUUAACAUUGCUUGUGCCACGUGACGAUGUUUUCCAAGAGGUGGGCGACUGGAUGAAAGAUAAAACCGAAACCGAAUUAAAGGAAAUAAUAAAGAAUCAUAUUGUGCCUGAAGUAGUUUGUUGUGCAGGAAUUGUUCGUUCUGAAUGGCCAUUUACGCGAACAGUGGAAACUAUCAGUAAAAAUCGCUUAACAUUGAAUCGCGGUCGUCGUCCAAAAGUACAAAACGCUGGCAUUACCAAAUGUGACCAAAUUGGAACCAAUGGUAUCAUUCAUGAAAUCAAUGAUGUAAUCCAUAUUGCUCAACGUCAUGAAGCGCCUCCAAGCAACUUCUACAAUACAUUCUUUAAUCGACCUUUCUUUUUUUAAAUAAGAAAUUUGAAAUUCGAGAUGAUUAUUAUGACUUUCAGAAGUUACAUAGGUAGUUUCGAUAUGAGUUGAUAUAAUGUUCUCAAAUCUUUUCACAUAAAUUCAUUGGAAGGAAAAGGCGAAAUUUAAUUUAUUUUUUCAUAAAAUGAUAUCUAUAUCAAAUAACUUUCGAAAUUUCUGUGUAAUUAUCAAUUAGGAAAUAAUUGCGUCAGUUCUUUAAAAUGAUGAUUAAUUUGAUAUCUUCAUUCCAUUUAUUCAUAAAAAUUUUGAAAGUCUGUCUUACAUAUUUCGUUAACAAUUGUUUGUUUUUUGAUUGAUAUCAGACACAGCUGAUUUAGGUGAAAAAUAAAAAUUGCUAUUUGAAAAAGUUAAUUUAAAAUUUCUUCUGUUUCUUUGCGUAAUCGAUUUCAGCAACAGCUAAUGGAUUGUCAGCUUUUUGCUGAUAUUUAAGUUUUGUUUUACUGACACUUUGCUGAUGUUUUCGUUU